UUAGUUGCACUCACAACACUGUUGCUCAUUAACGACAGCGUUGCGCGACACGUCGGCCGUGUUGACGGCAUGUGACGUGUCUGCGUCAACACAACAAUGGCGGAUACGGUGGAGGAAGCUCUGAUGGGCAGCUGGGACCAGGAUCUAGCUGAGGCUCUGGACUCGGGCGGCUCGGACAUGGAGAUGGAGAGAGGCAUCAUCCAGGAGCAUUCGGCUCAACACAGAGCCAAGAUGUGGAAGAUCGCUCUGAACGUCGCUGGGAAAGGAGACAGCUUGUCUCCCUGGGACGGCGUGCUCGAUUUACCCGAACAGACCCUCAUUCACACCGCAGUCAACAGCUGAUCGGCCACUUCAGUGUGUGCUGGCAUGUUUCAGACCAGCUGAAGGUAUCGGAGGAGGAGAGGAGUGACAUGGUCUCUGAUGUCGAGUCCGUCAUCACGUUCUACUGCAAGUCCCGCAACAUUUCCUUCACCCCGGAGCUGAGCUGGCCCGCACCUGCUCAAACCGCUGCUUGGGGCUCCAGCUGCCCCGCAGUGACCUGUACAACUGCUUCUACGCCGUCAUGAACAAGUACAUCCCCAGGUGACCGUCCUUCACAUUACGCUCAACACACAAGGAACCAUCUUGAUGUAGAUGGUGUCAAAUCUGCACAUUUCCAAGGAUGGAAUUGAAAUGAGGAUCACAAGAUGUUUCUCAGACACGAGAUGCUGAAAUUGUCCCAAC